GCUAUCAUAGAACGCUUCAAAUCCAAGCAUUGCUUCAUUACCGCCUACACCACCAGAUUCUAGAGCAUCAUCUUCAAAACCAAAUCACAUCAUCAUGUCUGACCAAGAGAAGCAACAAACCCUCCAAGAGGACGAGCAAGAGUACGAGUACGCAUCCGACUCCGACGAGGGACAGCAACAAGUCGCCCAACCGCAACCCAAGCAAGGCCAACGCACAAUGCAACGCGCGCGCCAACAACGUCAAGGCCAGCAACAGCAACAAUUCGCGCCUCAACAACAGCAGCAGCAGCAACAAGUCGUCCCCAUGGAACAGCGCAUGACGGGCAACAUGGGCGGACGCACGGGAGCCAUCCGCGAAUCGCGCAUCAAGGACCGCCCAGUACCGCAAGAGCAGCGCGACAGCAGUCUGAAGAUCAAGAUCGAGCUGGACCUGGAAGUCGAGGUAGAUCUCUACGCGAGAGUCAAGGGAGAUGUUACCAUAGGGCUGAUGUAGGAUGUAGGUCGACCUCUAUGCCAGAGUCAAGGGCGACGUGACCAUCGGAUUAUUCUGAGACGACCUGUUAUGAUGGGGAUUUCCGGGGGCUUUCUUUUGGGGCGUUUUUGAAUCAAUCAGAUAAAGUUACCAUGUACUAUUAUUACCAGUCGUAGACCGGGCCGAAUGGCAAAAGGAAGAAUUCAAAUGAUAAUCAAUCAAACAAACAAGUUUCGCACGCAUGCAAUUCGAAUGAGGAAGUGAUUCUGCAGUGGCGGGCGUCGACACUGCGGUACGGUACUUCGUACAAUAGCUGAAGCUCCCGCAAAUCUCCUU